GCGCUGAUGCAAUCUCUGCUGACUAAAGACCCUACUCAACGAUACGACUGUGACCAAGCACUUGCCCACCCAUGGGUCAGGGAGAAUGGCACUGCUUCAGAAGCCAACAUCCAGACGAAGAUCAUGAACGGUCUCACCGCCAUCUUCGAGCACAACAAGUUUGAGUUGGCUGCCAUGCGAUUGCUGGCAGAGGCCUCAAGCGACAGUGAGUAUCAGCAGAUCCUGCAGAACUUCCAACACGCAGACAAGUAA